AUGAACUCCUGCCUCGCCGCCUCCGACGCUGCCACCGUCCGCUGCUGGGAGGCCUUUUUCGCGCCGCCCGCCGUCGAUCCGAGCGGCGUGGAUCUCGAGACUGGCGACCUGCUCCUCGCUGGCGCAAACCCGAGCGGCAGGACGCCGGGUCUCAACUCGAUCGGGACCUGCCGUUGGGACCAUGUGGGUGUGGUCGUGGUGCGGGAGGGUGUGCCGUACGUCGUCGACAGCGGGUCCACACGCUACUACCCCUUCUGCACGCGCCCGCUCCACUUCUCCGCCGCCAGGCCGGCCGACGCGUGGGCCUCACAGCAGUCUGGCCCUCAGAUGUACCGGCUCAGCCAGUUUGUCGCGGCGCUGGCCGAGGGCCCGCUGCAGCACAGCUCGCCGCCCUGGACCUACGAGCGACUGGCCGUCCGCAGGCUGCGCGAGCCGCUCACGAGUGAGCAGCGAGGCUCGCUCCUCGCGGCGCUCGAGGCGCUCGCGGACGUGCCGUACGAGCGACGCUCUGGGGAGAUGACUGCCGGCGCCGUCGACGCGCUCGAUUGCUGCGGCGUGCUGCGCAACCGAGAAGAGCUGCGGCACUCGCUGUUUUGCUCGGAGCUGGUUGCGGCGGCGUUCAUGGAGGCGAAGCUGCUGCCCCCCUCGUCCGUCCGGCCCGCCAACGAGUACGUGCCGUCCGACUUUGCGCGCGACCGUGGCGGGAACCUGAGCUCCCUCUGCGGCUGCUGCUGCGCCUCCUGGUUGCUCGGCCGCUGCCUCGCGGCACUCGGCUGCGGCGAGCUGCGCAGCCACGCAACAGGCGAGCCGCUCCUCGGGGCAGAGGUGCUUCUCCGCACACGCGGGCCGCCGGCCGCGACGAUGGCGCGAGGACCGGCACCGGCAGCGGCGUGA